UGGUGGUCAGUAGAGGAGCAGCAUGGAAGCGUCCUGGGGCAGCGGCAGCGCGGAGCGGGGCUGGUACAUCUCGGCUCAGCAGCCGGAAGACUCGGCGGCUGCGGAGCUGCGCCCGUUGCUAAGCAACGAACUUCAUAGACAGGGAUCUUCAGGAGCUUCGUUUGGUUUUUCAGUCUUUAAUUUGAUGAAUGCCAUCAUGGGAAGCGGCAUCCUUGGCCUAGCUUAUGUUAUGGCUAAUACUGGUAUUCUUGGAUUUGGCUUCUUGCUGCUGCUAGUCGCUCUUGUGGCUUCUUACUCAGUACAUCUCCUGCUUAGUAUGUGUAUUCAGACAGCUUACUUGGAUCCAGUGGUGGUAGCAGGCACCAUAAUAAUUCAGAAUAUCGGAGCUAUGUCUUCUUACCUUUUAAUUAUUAAAACAGAGCUUCCUGCCGCUAUUUCAGAAUUUUUAACUGGAGAUCACAGUGGGUCUUGGUAUCUUGAUGGACAAACACUGUUGUUAAUCAUUUGUGUUGGCAUUGUGUUCCCUCUUGCACUUCUUCCCAGAAUAGGCUUUCUUGGCUACACGAGUAGUUUAUCAUUUUUCUUUAUGGUGUUCUUUGCUCUUGUGAUAAUAAUUAAAAAAUGGUCCAUCCCUUGUCCUCUGACAUUAAAAUCUGUAGAGGAGUUCUUCCAGGUUUCAAAUGCUACAGAUGAUUGUAAACCAACACUCUUUCAUUUCUCCAAAGAGAGUGCUUACGCUGUCCCGACCAUGGCUUUUUCAUUCCUCUGCCAUACCUCAAUUUUGCCCAUAUACUGUGAACUUCAAAGCCCCUCAAAGAAAAGAAUGCAGAAUGUAACCAAUACAGCAAUUGCUCUAAGUUUUCUCAUUUACUUUAUAGCUGCACUCUUUGGCUACCUCACUUUUUAUGACAAAGUAGAGUCAGAAUUACUACGAGGUUAUAGUAAAUAUUUGCCACAUGAUGUUGUUGUCAUGACUGUGAAGUUAUGCAUACUAUUUGCUGUGCUUUUGACAGUCCCUCUAAUCCACUUCCCUGCCAGAAAAGCUUUAAUGAUGGUAUUUUUCUCUAAUUUUCCAUUCUCAUGGAUUUGCCACACUUUAAUCACUCUGGCACUUAACAUUAUUAUUGUUUUACUUGCAAUAUAUGUUCCUGAUAUUAGAAAUGUAUUUGGCGUAAUUGGUGCCAGUACAUCAACAUGUUUGAUUUUUGUGUUCCCAGGACUAUUUUAUCUUAAACUUAGCAGAGAGGAUUUUCUGUCAUGGAAAAAGCUUGGGGCUUUUGUUUUGCUCAUCUCUGGAAUUUUGGUUGGGAAUUUUACUUUCGCACUUAUCAUUUUUGAUUGGAUCAAGAAAUGAGAGAAAUAUGUUCCUACUUCCUAUGAAGAAUAAUGUACCUCUAUAAACAAGACAGAAUAAUUCUAGAAGGUACCUGGAAUGAAAAAUGUAUUUUUAUGGAAGUCAUUAAGAGAAGAAGAAAUUGGCAGUUUGUAACAGAAAGCAAGAAUAUAGUAGUUUUGAUCAAAAUUCAAGGUAUUUGUACAUAUACUGAGUCAAACUUGGGACUUUACUGAGGACUUCAAAAGAUUAAAGGACUCAUUUUUAAAAAAGUUUUAUCUUUGCAGAUAUAUUGAGCAGAAAAUAUGGAGAAUUCCCUGUUGCCCAUGCCCAACAUGCCCAGUCUCUCCUGUCACUACCAUCUUUUAAUAGUGUGUUCCAUUUGUUAUGAUGAGCUCAUAUGGGAGCACCAUAAAUCAGUCCAGAGUCAACAUUCGGGUUCAUCCGUGGCACUCCGUGUUUUGCCUUUUCUAGAAUAGCGUAUGGUUGGGGUCACAUAAAGAUAAAGGAGGCACUGGUAGAUUAGGGCAAGGGCCUGAGCACACUGGGAUGAGCCUUCUGGAAUGUAAAGGGCAGAGGCCUAAUUGGAACGCAAAGGAUGAGGGAUUAAUGAAGUCUGUUUACCUCACCUCAGAAGCUCAGCGUCAGUGACAGCAGCGUACUUUCAUUCUUUAACACCUGCCAAAUUUGAAAACAUUAGAAAGCAACUGCCAGUGACAACCUGCCCCUUUUAUGAGCCCAGCAGUGGCUGCAUCAAGCCCCUGGAGUUAGGCAUUUUGGCAUCUGCCCCCAGAAGCCCUCUCCACUAGCAAGAGCUUUUCUUUGUUCUGAUAAACCUCACCCUAGUCUUUGCCCACUUCUAUUCAUGGACUUCUUCAUGAUCCACAGAAUGAGAAUACAGAGGAGUAAAUUGGUUAUAGCAGUUAUGUCUCAUUUUCAGACUGGCUUUGUUCAUUCAACAAUAUGCAAUUAAGUCUUUUCCAAAUCUUUUUUUGUGUUUUGAUGAUGUUUCUUUGCAGCAUGGAAUAAUAUUCCCCGAUAUGGAUGUGCCACAGUUUGUUUAUCCAUUCACCUGUUAAAGACCUUUUGAUUACUUCUAAAUUUUGGUAAUUAUGAGUAAAGGUGCUAUAAAUACUCACUGAACAUGUUUUCAACUUUUGGGGUAAAUACCAAGGAGUACUUACACAUUGUACGACAAGAAUGUGUUUAGUUUUAUAAGAAUAAAACUAUAGUUUUAGUUGCUGGCCAGCAACAAAUGAAAGUUCUUGUUACCCCACAUGCUUACCAGCAUUCACUUUUGUCAGUGUUUUGAAUUUUUGCCAUUUUAUUAGAUGUAUGCUGGUAGCUCAUUUCAGUUUGUGAUUCCCUGGUGACAUGAUGUUGAACAUCUCAUAUACUUGAUUGGACCUCUAUAUUUUCUUUAGUGAGAUGUCUUUUCUACUCUUGCCAUUUUUUAGUUGGGUUGUUUUCUCUUUGUAUAUUUUGGAUCCCUGACCUUGAUGAGAUAUGUUUUGCUAAUUUUUUUCUCUGUCUUGCCUUUUUAUUCUCUUGUCACAAGGUCUUUCACCGAGAAAAAUGUUUAAUCAUUCUGAAAUAUAAUCAUCUGUUUUGAGAAAGUAUUAAAUUUAUAUAGUAAAUUGAUUGUUGGCUUAUGAGUUAAAGUUGUCAAGAUUUAUCACAAAAUAGUGAGAUUAUUCCACUUAGUAUUUUGACCUGUCCCAAAAUUGUAUCCAAAAACUUUUGUAAAUUUUCUCUGGUGUUCAUUAUAAGAAUUCACUGUUGCUUGUAUGUGGAGUUGGAAGUUUUCUGAGCUUAUCAGUUUGUCAUUAAAUCACGAAAUUGUUCUUGGCAAACAGUCUACUAUUGAGCAUUUA